AUGUCCUCAAGCAAUAUGUUGCUUCAGCAACAAUACAGACAGAAAGGUUUUAAGACCUAUAGUGAGCUCAUCUCAUGUCUAUUGCUUGCAGAACAGAACAACGAGCUGCUCUUGAAGAACAGUGAGCUUAGACCACCUGGAUCUAAGCCUGUCCCUGAGGCAAAUCAUACCUCAAAUGAGCCUAAUGAUGGUGCUGAAGCCAACCAUGUCCGGUAUGACCAUAAGGGCCGCGGAUCCUCAUAUGGAAGAGGACGUGGCCGUAAAGGUCAUGGGCGAGGACGUGGACAAGGUGGCAACAGCAAAGGGCGUAGCACCCCUUAUGACCGUCCAAACCAGUCCAAUAAUGGACAAGGUAAAGGCAGAGGCAAUGGGACUUCUUCAAAGCCACAAAAUCUGCAAGCUCACCUUGCCAUAGAUGCGGAAUGAUGAAUCAUUGGGCAAAGAAUUGCCGCACAGCCAAGCAUCUGGUCGACCUCUAUCAAGAGAGUCUUAAGGGCAAGAAUCCGGAAGCACACAUGGUGUACAAGGAUGGUGAGGACGAUUUUGAUCAUGACAAGGACGACCUCAUGGACUUUGAGACUUCAGACAUACUCACUAUGCUGAAUGAUGAUCCAGUCGAAUAAUGUGAUGCAUCAAACGAUUUGUGUUUGAAUGCUUUUGGUGUUUUUAGGCUUUGAGAAUUUUUUUUAAGUGCUUUUGCAUUCUAUGUUUUAUUUUAAGAAUAAACUAUGUUUACUUUCAUUUUCAAUAAUAAUAUGAAUGAUUCAGAUUA